CUGGACUUUUAAGACCACACAUUUGUCAGACAGAGUUAGUUACUAGUAUCUUUGCAUUUGUGUCUCUCAGCGCACUUUUUAAAAAAAAUAUGUUUAUGACUUUACCAAACGCUCGAGGCUUUGGUUCAGUCAGCGUCCACUCCAUUUAUAAAAGUAAUCUAUAUGUUCGUUGUUAAGGCUUGACUUGUUUAUGUUAUAGCAGUGGAGGGAAGCUAUAGGUAAGGAUCAAUCUUUCAAACUAUAGCCAUGUUUGUGUCAUUGAUAAAGUAAUUGAUAAAUUAGGUUGUCAGAACAAGGUGCUGGGUUCAAACGGUCAAAGAAUUUUAGCGAGAAGCUAGCUACUAGCCCAAGAUGUACUCUUAAGGAGCCUAACGUUACUCCUUAAGGUCCAAUGACCUUAUAGGUUAUUUUGGCAGCCAAAACUCCAUCUAAACGUGAAUCAAUUCUCAAUUACAAUACGGUUUUAGAAACAUUAAGCCCUCUACUUUCAAUCACAAAUUUAACAAAUACAAAAUAUACACUUACUGUACACUGUUUUAACGGCUUUAUCACAAUUGCAGCUGACAGUAUUUUUCAGUGACAACACGGUUCUGGCGGCCUUCUGCUGUUACACACAGGUGUUUGGAGCAUGCUAAAUAGCUUCCCAGCCUGGUCUCAGACGUAACAUAGUAAAUGUAUAUCCGGGACAGUCAAAUUAGUGUGAUAUGUUCGGUUUGGUAUGGUUACAUAAGACAUAUGGUUAUGGUUGGGGUGGGUGUAUAACGCGAACGUUUAGCAACCCAAAUGUUGCGAGUUCGAAUCUAAUCAGGGACCCCUUUAGCAUUUUAACUAAUUAGCAACUUUUCAACUACUUACUACUUUUUUGCAACUACAUAGCAUAUUAGCUAACCCUUCCCCGAACUCUUAACCCUUUUAACUAACUCUCCCCCUAACCUUAACCCUUUUACCUAACCUUUUAACAUAACACCUACCCAAACCUCUAGCCUAGCUAACGUUGGCCACCUAGCUAGAAUUCGUAUCUUAUCAUACGUUUUUCAAAUGCGUAACAUAUACAUUUAGAAAAUUCGUAAAGUAUAAUACGAAAUGGGUGUUAGACAUCCACUCAUUAAUACAUACCUACGAAAUGUAACAUAUCAUACUGAAUGGAGUGUAUCGGAUUUAAGUACAGAGUAGUACGAGAUGCUCUGAGAUCAGGUUGGUCUUCAGCAGGGGCGGUGUGUUCAAUAGGGCGAUAUGGGCGACGCACUGCCAAACGGGAAAAGGAAGGGAUUUUUUUUCUAAUCAAUUAUAUCACGGCAACAGUAGUUAUCAGUGUUGUAAUCUAGACGUGUCUGGUCUGAUCUGCCACUAAAUGUCCAAUCAGGCUAAAGUCGUGCUUCAAAUGGCCACCCCCCCUUUUUGGGCGAUUUCCGUCAGGUUGAAAAUCGCCCAGAAGUCUGUCAUAGACUCCCAUGUAAAAUCUAUUUUUUUCAAAUUUCAGAGCUUUCAAUACAAUCUCUAUGGGUGUCUGAGGGCUUGCACUUACGCGCUUUCGUCAUACGUAACGUAACCAUGAACGUAACUAAGAAAAGACCGGGUAGCAGCCUCAAUCAAUUCACUACUACUGUAAAAAUGGCUAGCCUUCAGUGCAACUCGAUUGUGUCUUUGAAAGAAGUUCCUUUUUGUCGGCGAACAAAUCAAGAUAAAUUGGCAACGAAACAAUUAGGACCUCCCAGACCAAAUUUAAUAAUUCAACAGGUUUCUACUAAAGGCGGAAAGUCCUACACCCGAGGAUUUUCCAAAAAUUGGUACUAACGAAAAAAGAACAUUGCCACUCAACUGGAUGAGGGAUACAGGCUAGCUGUCCGCCGCCACAACGAUGAGGUUAGUGUUGAUAAUCACAAGUUUACUGGAGAACUGAGACCAAGUAGAGACUUUGGACAGGGUGGAUAUGGUAUAAUAAAGGCAGUUUAUUCAGAGGUAAAGAUAUCUGGAAUCGCGUGCACGGACCCGUUCGUCAAACUCUUAGGGAGCUAUACAUUAAGCCCCAUUACUUACCAUAUCAGAUAAGAGAAAUUGCUGCAGCUACAUAUAUUUUACAUCCUGGCCCUACAUAGUUCACUAUUUGCAUCACUUACCAAAAUAUUACAUGUGGUCAUAUAUGCUUGGAAAGUGGAGAUGCCAUAGAACGUCAAAAAAGUAAACAUUGCUGGAGACACAUUGCCGUUUUGGAGAAGACAUCGCGUUUGCUAGCGAAGAGAUUUGUUGUGGCAAAUGAACUUGGGCUGGGAAUUGCCAGGAACCUCACGAUAAGAUAUAUGCAUUGCGAGUCUCAUUAUUCUAUACGUAUUGCGAUUCGAUACUGUGAUUUUAUUGCGCACCAUAUGUCUGUUGCAGAGGGAUCAGAAAGCCAUGAGAACGAGUUUUGAUCAGUCAUGGAAAUAAAAGUGCUGAAAACAAAUUGGCUCCCAAUGUGAAAAGAUUGAGAACAAGCUAUGAAGGAACAAUAAUGGUGUUUUGGUGCAGGUACAGCCAACUAGCGCUAAAAUAUUGCGAUAUUGUCAAUACAGUAUAUCGUAAAGUAUCACUAUGUAACUCGAUUUCUUUCACCCCAAUCCCUCAAAUUAACGGUAAAUAACUGAAUUGUUUGCCCCACAUUUAGCUAAGAUGAUUAGCUAGCCAGCUAAAAUGUUUUAUUUAGUUAGCAGUCGCAUCUACAAUAGUUUACUGUCAAUAACAUGUCUCCAAAAAUGACGUGGUGUCUCCAAUUGUGUUGACAUUUGACAAUUGCGAUGCGCAUCCAUGAGUAUCCACUUUCUGUAGCUCAGCUGGUAGAGCACGGCGCUUGUAACGCCAAGGUAGUGGGUUCGAUCCCCGGGACCACCCAUACACAAAAAUGUAUGCACGCAUGACUGUAAGUCGCUUUGGAUAAAAGCGUCUGCUAAAUGGCAUAUUAUUAUUAUUAUUAUUAUUAUUAUUAUCUGAAGAGAGCCCCGAAACAUUGUGUGCAGACAUUUUAUGCAAUAAAUGAAGUAGGUUGAAUCUAGUAGUUCUGAUCUUCUGAUUGGUCCUGAUGAGUUGGGCGAGGUCCCCUCCAGGCUACUGUCACUGUUGCAUUGGCUCUGAGUCGGGUUCUCUGUCUUCAAAUGUUCAGCCUAAGAGAGGGGAUUUUUGUGUGUGUGUGUGUGUGUUUAACAGUGAUGAUGUGUGUGUGUGUGUGUGUGUGUGUGUGUGUGUGUGUGUUUAACAGUGAUGAUGUGUGUGUGUGUGUGUUUGUGUGUGUGUGUGUGUGUGUCCUCAGAGCAAGAACUCGUGAGUUGGAAGAACUGAGAGGCCUAUGGCGUGGGUGUUGUCCUUGGCUGACAAGAUAGGACCCUUUUGUCCAUUGUUAUUGGAUAGGAACAGAACUUAUAACCAGCUCCUGACCUAAAUAGAUCUUAGCACAACAUUUUACUCAACAUAUCAUAUUCCAUAUUCACUAUAACAAAUAUAUUUACUACGACAUUAGCAAGAACCGCCACAUCCUCAGCCGGCUAAUCCAGUGUGUGAAGUUUUGCGGAGUGUUUGAGUUAGCUUUGCGAGGCAAAGAUGAAAUUGAGGGCUCCACCAACCCUGGUAAGCCAACACUUUUGAGAUCAGUCAAUAAAUGCUUCUGGUAUUGACUUAUAUGCUGCCCCUGUCUUCAUGUUGUUGCUGGACAUAUCUUUUUUUAAAUGUGUGUAGGUCACCUAAAUCAUCAGAAAAAUUGCCCCCCCUGAGAAUUUUUUCAGGAGCCGCCACUGGUCUUCAGUAAACAUGAAGAUAUGGCAAUGUGGUAACACUAACCAUAUAAAGGUGUGAAAAUUAUUUCUCGCCGAUCAGUGGCGGCUCCUGAAAAAAUUCUCAGGGGGGGCAAUUUUUCUGAUGAUUUAGGUGACCUACACACAUUUUAAAAAAGAUAUGUCCAGCAACAACAUGAAGACAGGGGCAGCAUAUAAGUCAAUACCAGAAGCAUUUAUUGACUGAUCUCAAAAGUGUUGGCUUACCAGGGUUGGUGGAGCCCUCAGUUUCAUCUUUGCCUCGCAAAGCUAACUCAAACACUCCGCAAAACUUCACACACUGGAUUAGCCGGCUGAGGAUGUGGCGGUUCUUGCUAAUGUCGUAGUAAAUAUAUUUGUUAUAGUGAAUAUGGAAUAUGAUAUGUUGAGUAAAAUGUUGUGCUAAGAUCUAUUUAGGUCAGGAGCUGGUUAUAAGUUCUGUUCCUAUCCAAUAACAAUGGACAAAAGGGUCCUAUCUUGUCAGCCUUGUCAGCAGGUGGCCAAGGACAACACCCACGCCAUAGGCCUCUCAGUUCUUCCAACUCACGAGUUCUUGCUCUGAGGACACACACACACACACACACAAACACACACACACACACAUCACUGUUAAACACACACACACACACACACACAUCAUCACUGUUAAACACACACACACACACACACACACAAAAAUCCCCUCUCUUAGGCUGAACAUUUGAAGACAGAGAACCCGACUCAGAGCCAAUGCAACAGUGACAGUAGCCUGGAGGGGACCUCGCCCAACUCAUCAGGACCAAUCAGAAGAUCAGAACUACUAGAUUCAACCUACUUCAUUUAUUGCAUAAAAUGUCUGCACACAAUGUUUCGGGGCUCUCUUCAGAUAAUAAUAAUAAUAAUAAUAUGCCAUUUAGCAGACGCUUUUAUCCAAAGCGACUUACAGUCAUGCGUGCAUACAUUUUUGUGUAUGGGUGGUCCCGGGGAUCGAACCCACUACCUUGGCGUUACAAGCGCCAUGCUCUACCAGCUGAGCUACAGAAAGUGGAUACUCAUGGAUGCGCAUCGCAAUUGUAAAAUGUCAACACAAUUGGAGACACCACGUCAUUUUUGGAGACAUGUUAUUGACAGUAAACUAUUGUAGAUGCGACUGCUAACUAAAUAAAACAUUUUAGCUGGCUAGCUAAUCAUCUUAGCUAAAUGUGGGGCAAACAAUUCAGUUAUUUACCGUUAAUUUGAGGGAUUGGGGUGAAAGAAAUCGAGUUACAUAGUGAUACUUUACGAUAUACUGUAUUGACAAUAUCGCAAUAUUUUAGCGCUAGUUGGCUGUACCUGCACCAAAACACCAUUAUUGUUCCUUCAUAGCUUGUUCUCAAUCUUUUCACAUUGGGAGCCAAUUUGUUUUCAGCACUUUUAUUUCCAUGACUGAUCAAAACUCGUUCUCAUGGCUUUCUGAUCCCUCUGCAACAGACAUAUGGUGCGCAAUAAAAUCACAGUAUCGAAUCGCAAUACGUAUAGAAUCAUGAGACUCGCAAUGCUGAUGCAUAUAUCUUAUCGUGAGGUUCCUGGCAAUUCCCAGCCCAAGUUCAUUUGCCACAACAAAUCUCUUCGCUAGCAAACGCGAUGUCUUCUCCAAAACGGCAAUGUGUCUCCAGCAAUGUUUACUUUUUUGACGUUCUAUGGCAUCUCCACUUUCCAAGCAUAUAUGACCACAUGUAAUAUUUUGGUAAGUGAUGCAAAUAGUGAACUAUGUAGGGCCAGGAUGUAAAAUAUAUGUAGCUGCAGCAAUUUCUCUUAUCUGAUAUGGUAAGUAAUGGGGCUUAAUUUAUAGCUCCCUAAGAGUUUGACGAACGGGUCCGUGCACGCGAUUCCAGAUAUCUUUACCUCUGAAUAAACUGCCUUUAUUAUACCAUAUCCACCCUGUCCAAAGUCUCUACUUGGUCUCAGUUCUCCAGUAAACUUGUGAUUAUCAACACUAACCUCAUUGUUGUGGCGGCGGACAGCUAGCCUGUAUCCCUCAUCAAGUUGAGUGGCAAUGUUAUUUUUCCGUUCGUACCAAUUUUUGGAAAAUCCUCGGGUGUAGGACUUUCCGCCUUUAGUAGAAACCUGUUGAAUUAUUAAAUUUGGUCUGGGAGGUCCUAAUUGUUUCGUUGCCAAUUUAUCUUCAUUUGUUCGCCGACAAAAAGGAACUUCUUUCAAAGACACAAUCCGCUCUUUUCUCAGUUACGUUCAUGGUUACGUUACGUUACGUAUGACGAAAGCGCGUAAGUGCAAGCCCUCAGACACCCAUAGAGAUUGUAUUGAAGGCUCUGAAAUUUGAAAAAAAUAGAUUUUACAUUAGAGGCUAUGAGAGACUUCUGGGCGAUUUUCAACCUGACUGAAAUCGCCCCAAAAGGGGGGGGAGCCAUUUGAAGCACGACUUUAGCCUGAUUCGACAUUUAGUGGCACUGUGGCAGAUCAGACGUAUAGAUUACAACACUGAUAACUACUGUUGCCGUGAUAUAAUUGAUUAGAAAAAAAAUCCCUUCCUUUUCCCGUUUGGCAGUGCGUCGCCCAUAUCGCCCUAUUGAACAGGCCGCCCCUGUCGCCGAUAAGAAAGAUAAGGUCCUUAUGCUUCCAAAACCGUACGGCAAGCGAUGCGUGUUGAUGUUCAAACUGUGAGUCGGGGCUUUUAACAAAACUUCCACCCUACAGAAGAUGCCUUCAUCCAAUGACUCUUGUGUAAUGGAAUGGAACGGAACUGAGUCAUGAUCAAGUUUGCUAGCUAUUCACUUUACAGCAGCUUCAUAGCUACAGUUUUCUCCCGAUAUUUGACUUGAAAAUUCAUUCAAGUACUUUUCCAGCAUCACUUCUGUAAACACAUAGCUCUACACUUCUGGGCUAAGUCACAUGGUAAAACUUAGCCCUUGAUCAUGACUCUUAGUUCCAUUACAUUACACAUAAGUCAUUGGAUGAAGGCAUCUUCUGUACGGGGGAGUUUUGUUAAGAGCCACAACGCUUGGCCUGAACAUUAACACACAUCUCUUGCGGUACGGUUUUGGAAGCAUAAGGACCUUAUCUUUCAUAUCGGCGAGAAAUAAUUUUCUAAAAACUAAAGGUUAAAUUGAUACACACCUUUUAUAGGGUUAGGGUUCCCACACAUAUUCCCAUGUUAGAGCGCUUGUUUACAGAAGACAGAAUGGACUACCUGUGCUAAUUAGCUAUCUGCCUCUUCGAACACCUGUGUGUAAACGGAAGAUGGACGCCACAAAUGUGUUGUCAUUGAAAAAUACUGUCGCCUGCAACUGUUAAAAUCAGUUAAAACAGUGUGAAGUAAGUGUGUAUUUUGCAUUUGUGAAAUUAUUUUGAUGUGAUAUGAAAGUAGAGGGCUUUAUGUUUCUAGAACCGUAUCGCAAUUGAGAAUCGAUUCACGUUUAGAUGGAGUUUUGGCUGCCAGAGCCAGUCUACCUCUGAAAAUAACCUGUAAGGUCCAAGGACCUUAAGGAGUAACGUUAGGAUCCUUAAAAAAAGAGUACAUCUUGGGCUAGUAGCUAGCUAGUUCAAUCAGUUCGUUUGACCGUGUACUGACAAGCUAAUUUAUCAAUGACAUAUGUUGCUAGAACCAUAAUUGAGAAUUCACGUUUAGAUGGAGUAUUUGGCUGUUUUAACUUCGAGAGCCACUUCGCCCUUUAAACAGAACAUGUAAGGUCCUUGGACUAUAAGGAGAAACGUUAGACUCCUUUAGUCCAAUAUUGGGCUAGGUAAAACUAUCCUGUCCUUCCUCAAUUUGAAAAUGAUCUUUUUAAAUUUAUUCUACGCAAACAUGAGAGCUGAUUUAUAUGAUUACAAUUUGAUUAGGCCUAAUCAGAAUGGAUCGUGAGGUCUCUGUGCUGUUGCACUGCACCGCCUGGGGAGGUCUCCUGGAACCACAGGUGCAGGUGGAGCUUUCUGCCAGGUAAAUUCAUAAUUCAUUACUUUCAAUCGAUAGACUACUUCUAACAACCAACUAACUAUAAAACCAGUUAUCAAACACAAUGGAUCUAUUGUCCUCUCCCUCCAUCUCUCUCUCUCUUUCUAUCCAUCAAGGUUUAACCGUCAGACAGAGCCAGCACUGGAGCGUCACAUAGAGGAGGUGUGGACAGAGAGGGUGACCAGGGAGCCAUGGCUUUUCAAUGGGGCCAAAUUCAGGCUGCACUCUUUCAGUCUGGCCUCCCCCCAGCCCUCCUGCCCACCUACACCCCAGCCUCCCUGCAUGAAUGGAGAAGGAGACAGAGAUGGAAGGCAAUGUAGCAUUCAGAAGGAGGAAAGAGGGCUUACAUGAGACAAAGGGGAACACUGACUCUAGAAGAGCAGAGGUGCUCAGACACCAAAGAGAUCAAAUAGACGAAGUAAUCGGCGAACGACAGCAUAAUGACAUUGAUUUGAAUAGCUAUAAGCAGAGAGAGGGGAACCUCAGAGACUCACAAACCUCUACCCCAGGGUGCGGAAACCAAGAUCCUGCUGUGGGGAGCAGUGCAGCAGAAGCUCAACCCUGCCUACAGAGAGAUGUGGGUGGGAAGGGUGAGGGGCCCACUCCCAUCCUGACCCUGAGGUUGGGCCUGACCUGCUAUAGGGACUUCCUGGGCACCAACUGGUCUCAGAGAGCAGGGGAGCUAUGCCAGCGUGCGGAGGCGGAGUUUGGGGAUCCCCUGGCUCUAUUGGCCCAGCCGCUGGGGGUGGGUGGGGUCCUGUGUACGGCUGACAGACAGGUGGUGCUGAUCAGGAGGAGCCAGCAAGUGGCCGAGGCAGGGGGGCUGCUGGACAUCCCUGGGGGGCACCCCGAACCAAAGGUGAGACAGGGUGAAAGUUAAACCAAUACUGUAUGAAAUGUGGUAUUGUAUCCUCCAUACUUGUGAGGUUACUCAUUCCAAACAAGUGUUGAACUGUAUUCUAUUUCCAUUGUUUGCCAUACUUAUGGUAACUUACUUAUGAUAUCUAAUUACCUUAGCCGCCUCCUCCCCCUUUCCCCCAGGCUGUGUUUGAAGGCCUCGAUGAGAUGGACAAGAUCAGGGUGGAGAUGCUGCAGCGGAUGGAAGAGGCUGUGGUCAGAGAGCUGUUCUCUUCUGUGUGCACUGAGAUUAGAGACGAGGUGAGACGAAACAUAGCUGCUGGCCAUGAGACUGACUGGUCCAUGGACCAGUCAGUCUGCCUGCCUCCUUUGUAGCAUUAUUUCUCUCUCUCUUCAUCCCUCUCUCCAUCUAUCAUUUUCUUUCUUUCUCUCUCUUUCAUUAAGUUUGUCUUCAUUCAUCUCAUUACGACCUCACUGUCUGUCUGCAGGUAAAUGUUCCUCUUUGUUGUCUGGGUGAGCCGGUACUGAUGGGCAUCGCUCUGAAUAACACCAGUGCAGGCAGACCCAGCGCAGAGUUCUACAUCAGGUACUCACACAGGAAAUUACAUCAUAGAAAAGAGCCCUUCAUUAUCAGGCCCAUGUUUGGUAACUGUCCACAAAAUGAUAAGACAUGCAGUAUUAUACAAUUCCUAUAUUGUGUCGUGUCUGUCCCCAGUUGUUCGCUGACUUCCACAGAAGUUCGAGAGCUUUACUGGCAGGGGGGCGUCGAGGCCCAGGAGUCUACAGAUAUCGUGUUCUUGAGCCAAACGGUAAGGAGCGCCACAACAGUUACCGUUAUCUGUGAAACUGUAAUCUGUGCAUAAAGAAAAUGUAAUGUCUAAGAACACAGCAGAACAAAGCAUAUGGAAAGUGAUCUUUCAUCAUUGAAACAUAGAUAUUGAACAAUGUCAUACAAAUAGUUUGUAAACAGUUUAUUACACAUUAAUAACACCUUGUGUAAUGAAUCUCUGAACAUGUCUUGUGAAUUGAAGGAGGUGCUACGUCUAGACCAGAGCGCCCCCCUGUGGUCGGAGUUGUGUCCUUCAGCCAAGGGUGCAGUGCUGCUCUAUCAACUAGUGCUGCCUGACCGAGAAGACAAAAGCAAUCUAUCACAGACUCCAGCUACGGCACUGGAUAAAAUUUCCAGAUGA